GUGCCACAUCCUCUUCCGUCUGAACAGCGCGCCGGCUCCUGCCGACGUGUUUUUCCGGUGGCGGAGCAGCGGUUCACCCUCUCCCUGGCAAAAUGGAGCUCGAGGCCAUGAGCAGAUAUACCAGCCCAGUGAACCCAGCUGUCUUCCCCCAUCUGACCGUGGUACUGUUGGCCAUUGGUAUGUUCUUCACCGCCUGGUUCUUCGUUUAUGAAGUCACCUCUACCAAGUACACACGCGACAUCUACAAAGAGCUCCUCAUCUCCUUGGUGGCCUCGCUCUUCAUGGGCUUUGGGGUCCUCUUCCUGCUGCUGUGGGUCGGCAUCUACGUGUGAGCUCCCAAGGGUUCCAACCAGGCAGCUUCACUGAAUCUCUGCUUUUGUAAUUUAAUUUUUUUUUUACUAUUGCUGGAAGUACCCUGCCUACUGCUCACAAUAAAGGCAGAUGUGUGACCAUCUUGUCUGG